AUUUUGAAGUUGAUGGAUCUGACGUCACAUGUAUGAACCGCCCAAAAACUAUUUCCAUCCUCCAUCACAGCUCCUUAAUAGCUACAAGUGGUUUAAGUCACUGCAAUCAACUAACCUCACUUCGAAUAAAGAAAAUGUUGGGAUCUUUUAAAGCCGCGCAUUUGAUUGUUUUCUACGUCCUUUGCUUUUCAGAAACGAUUGAAGCACAGACUUCGCCUCCAGUUUCUACUCCAUGUAGUCUGAAGUCCAACUCAAAUUGUGCCGAAUGCCUGAAGAAUGUGACGUUUACUUUGACAUGUGGUCAGUGCCUGUGGUGCAUGACAACAAAAAAAUGCGUCGAGUACCCAGUGAGGACCGUCCUGCCCCCUCGGAGUGUCUGUCCGCUGUCUGAUGCACGUUGGGGGCUCUGCUGGAUGAACUUUCAGGCCCUGAUCAUCACCAUAUCAGUGAUUGUGGGGCUGAUCAUUGUUAGCAUUCUGGUUGGCUGCUUCUGCUACAAGUGUGAGCGGUUUGGGAGGAGGAAGAAGGAGGAUGCAAGGGAAGAGGAGGAGGCAGAGCGGGAAGCUAGUGCUAGAAAGGCUCGCCAGGAGGAGAGGAAAACAGAGAUGCAGAUGAGACAUGACGAAAUCAGACAGAAAUAUGGUCUGGCCAAGGAAAACCCUUACUCCCGAUUUGAAGAUAACUAAGGAUGAUGGAUGGAAAUAUCUGCUUUUAAUCAUUCCAUGAAUGCCAGUUCUGAAAAAUAUGUUCAUUUCAUUUUAAUUUGGGAGAUUAUGGAAGUUAUUUAUAAUGUAUUGGUGAUGUUCUUUUACCAUUCCACACAGUUGACCUCUUAUUGUGAGUGGAUGCAAGCCAAAGAAAAUGUGAGUGUGAAGAUUGGUUGUAAUCUGAGGAGUUCAAUUUCAAAACAUGUUCUAUCGUUUAUUAUAGAACCCUAACCCUAACAUGUUCUAUAGUUUAUUAUAGAACCCUAACCCAGGGAAUGCAAUAGUGUUGUUCAUUUUGUUCUGCAUCUCUCUUGUGUUAUUGUUUGUUAUAACUGUUAGCGUUCAAAAUUGGAACAUGUGUUUAUUCGUGUUCCGUUUAUUUUGUGUGACUCUAUUUUCUGUCUUACAAUUUAUUUCCUUUGUGGUAUUUGAUAUGAUACAGUACACAAAUGUUGCCAGAAAGUAUGCUUGCUUAUUUUAUUUACACUGGAACCUUUGCACUUAGAUGAACCUUCAAGAAUAGUCAUGUGUGUUGCCAAACAGAUCAAGAACACUCUUUCUUCAAGCUGUUGAUUGUGUUCAACUUUACUUUCAGUUUUGGAUGAUAAUGUUAUGAUUUCCAGGUGAUUAUGUAAGAGUAUGCCCCAAUAUUAUCCACAGUGCAUUGUUAUACCCAAAGUCUAACAUUAAUUUUUCUGAAACAUUUCAAGUUGUAUUAUCUUGUUUGUUUUUUAGUGUCUACAUUUGUAUUGGGUUUGGGAGCACAUGUACUUACAUUAAAUGUGUCAUGUACAUACA